ACUUAAAAAAACUUUGUCUCGCCUUAAAUACAAACUCGCCUGUCUGGUAUAAUCUGUCAGAAACCUACUUGUCUUCACCAUCAAAAGGCUCCUAUUUGGAUUAUCCAGGAUUACAAAGGAUACUGUCAAAAGAACAGCAAUGGAGUGGAGGAUUAUAUUACCUGUUGUGUGUGUACUCGGAAUCCUACUUGUGCCUGGAUCUACAGCUACCACUGCGACAUCAACAAAUGCAACAGCUACCACUGGGACAUCAACAAAUGCAACAGCUACCACUGGGACAUCAACAAAUGCAACAGCUACCACUGGGACAUCAACAAAUGCAACAGCUACCACUGGGACAUCAACAAAUGCAACAGCUACCACUGGGACAUCAACAAAUGCAACAGCUACCACUGGGACAUCAACAAAUGCAACAGCUACCACUGGGACAUCAACAAAUGCAACAGCUACCACUGGGACAUCAACAAAUGCAACAGCUACCACUGGGACAUCAACAAAUGCAACAGCUACCACUGGGACAUCAACAAAUGCAACAGCUACCACUGGGACAUCAACAAAUGCAACAGCUACCACUGGGACAUCAACAAAUGCAACAGCUACCACUGGGACAUCAACAAAUGCAACAGCUACCACUGGGACAUCAACAAAUGCAACAGCUACCACUGGGACAUCAACAAAUGCAACAGCUACAAGUGGGACAGCCUCGAACGGGAUGACUCCAAAUCCAACUGCCUCUGCUGUUACAGAGUUUAAUAUAAUUUACAGCAUCGACAAACCUUUCAAGGAAGUCUACAGUAAUCUGAAUGCUUCCGAAACCAUAACCCUGAAAGAUAACAUCACAUCUCAGAUUGAGUCCGUUUACAAGAAACGCUAUACAAACUUCAGACGCCAUAUUAUCCGGAAAUUCAGCAAUGGUUCUAUCGUGACAGACGGAGCUCUUGAAUUCAAUGCCAGUAACAGUAAUCCUAACGUAUCCGAGUUGGCCAAAGUCCUUGUUGAUGCAAUUACGGCUGGAAAUCUGACCAUUCAAAUCAAAAAUGACUCCAUCAACGUUACGGCACCUGCCACUGCCGCUGCCACUACUGCGACACCCUCUACUACCUUCAAUACAUCACAGAUUAAUGUUACAUUUAGCAUUACUGAUAACUUCACUGAUGCCUUGUCCAACUUGUCCUCACCUGAGGCCAUAAAGCUGGCACACAAUAUCACCACUCAGUUUGUUACAGUUUUCAAGAGACGUUACGCAAACAUGUUACGAAUGGUUAUUAGGAAAUUCAGCAAAGGCUCCAUCGUGACAGAUGGUGCACUUGAGUUCAUCAACAACGGGACUGUUCCUAAAGCACAGGAAGUGGUUAACUUCAUCGUUGAGGCAGUUAAAAAUGGCUCUUUCACCGUACCGAUAGAUGAGAAAACUGUCACUGCUACAGACUCUUCAGGAGUCCAAGCUACUCCCAGUCCUCCCAAUGGCAGUUCUCCAGUCAUCUCUAGCAUGUUCACAGUUUUGUGGAUGGCUCUGGCAUCACUGCUGCUGUCAGGUGUGAUGCACCAGUAAGCAUCACAUUCACAUGAGGAAACCAACAAGAACUAUUCAUACAUUUACCCAUCAGAAUAUGUACAAAACUUUGUCAUGUCAUCUUUGAUCUUUUACAUUCGUUACAUAUUUAUUGUUCAGUCAGAAUCAACAAGUUACUGCGCACAGUAUGUCACGAGCUGUUAUCUGUUUUAAUAACAGUUAUCUGAAGAAUUAUUCUUAUGAAGCGUUAUGUGUUGUAUGUCUGUGUAAUUGUAUGUCUGUGUAAUGGUAUUAUGAUGAUUAUGUCAUGAAAAUGUCUAUAAAUAGUUUUUAUUGAGUUGCGUUGGAGAAGUAAUGAGGAUAAGUUUAAACAUUUAAACUAACUCUGAACAUUCAUCCAUACCACAGUAAUUAAAAUAAGUAAGUUAAUAUUAACUUUGAUGAAAUAGUAUGUUUAAAUUUAAUUACAACAUCGUUUUGUUUAGGAGCACAUGUAUUUGUAUAUGUAUUUUACCCAUAGGUAAAAGAAUCUGAAACUGUUCCUAAACAUGUCUGUACUGCUUUAUGAAGUGUCUUAUUAAAUAAAGGGGAAAUCUGUUAUUCUUCA